UUGUUAUCAUGACACAUGCACAGUUUGAGUGUUGCGUUGGUGUUGGCAGUCUUCUUCACAACGGGGCGUCAACAUCAACAUGGCGAGGCAGGAAUCGGUUACUUCCUCCUGUCGCCUCUAAUCCCGUCUGUCUGCCACCCUGGCUUGGAUUAUUGUGACUUCAAGUGCUUUAGAAUGGCUGAUCCUGAGAAGAUUGAGAAGUAUGAACACCUCUUGAACAAUGUCUUGAGAGAAAAUUUGAGAAUUGUCUUAGAAGAAAGGGACAAAGUGUAUGAAGACAUCGCAGCACAUUCCCAGCUGAAGCAGAUGAUCACUUGUAUCAUAGAGUCACCAGACCAGGAGGGACUACGCACCAAGGUUGACCUUGGCUCAAACUUCUACGUUCAGGCUCAUGUGCCAGACACAUCCCGUAUAUAUGUGAACGUUGGGCUGGGCUUCUUUCUGGAACUCACACUCCAAGAAGCUCUUGGCUUCAUUGAUAAGAAGCUUGAACUUUUAAAUGUGAAACUGAGUGAGUCCACCAAAAAAUCAGCUAAAAUUAAAGGGCAGAUCAAGUUUGUGUUUGAGGGCAUCAGGGAGCUCCAACAGUUCAAUGAGAGGAAUGCUGCUCCAAUGGAUACCAAAAAGAUAGAGGUAGUUUAUGCAUAUAACAUUAAAUUUUCUCAAGUUUGGUUUAGAUCAGUUGCUUUGAGCCUGAUUCUGUGGUUAGCUCCUUAUCUCUUCGGGAAAUACACAGACACCUCAUUCCCCUAUGUUGCCAAAGAUGAUGUUGGGCAGGAAUUAGUGGGCAGUGUUGGCCCUUUAGAGAAUGGGCUGCAGUGGUGUCCUGUGGUGUCUCCUCACUUACAAGGGCAGAAUAACUUAAUGAGCUGUGAUGUGGAGGUGCUGCCGGAGGAAGAAAUUGUAAUAAAAAAUGACAUUCAAGAGGGUGGAUUAUGGAAACCUCAGGAGUGCCAGUCCAGGUAUCGGGUAGCAAUCAUAGUUCCUUUCCGUAACAGAAGCAGAAAUCUUCAGCAGUUCCUGUCAUAUAUGCAUCCCUUCCUCACCAGACAACAACUGAACUACAGGAUUGUGGUUGUGGAACAGACCGCCGCUGCAGCUUUCAAUCGAGCCAAGCUGUUUAACAUUGGCUUUGUAGAGACGCUCAAGCUGGACCAUUAUGACUGCUUCAUCUUCCAUGAUGUUGACCUCCUUCCUUUGAAUGACUACAACACCUAUGGCUGCACACACCACCCCAGGCACAUGUACUCUGCUUUGGACACCUUCAGGUAUAACCUUCCUUACCGCACCCUCUUUGGUGGGGCCAUAGCCAUGCAGCGAGUUCACUUCCAAAAAGUAAAUGGAUUCAGCAAUAAAUUCUAUGGGUGGGGAGCAGAAGAUGAUGAUAUGUAUGAGCGGAUCAGCAACGUAGGACUGGUGUUUGUUCGCUUCGAUCCCCGCAUAUCAACGUACAUCAUGGUGUCCCACCAGUCCAGCAGGUACCAACACAGUGAUCACCAGCACCAUCCCCAACUCCAGGCACAGGCUGGGGAGAAGACUUCCACAGAGGAUGAUGGGUUGUCUAGUCUUUCCUAUCAGGUGGUUGAUCAUCAGGUGAAAAAGCUCUUCACUUGGUUUCUUGUGUCCUGUUGAUAAACUGCUAUUCUUGGAAAUAUGUUAAGGAGUUUACUUGUGAUGAAGUGUGUAUAAUGGAGUAUCAUUUUUAGAUUAUUUCUGUGAUUUUUAUGCCUUGUUUUAAGUACCAAAUAAUAGUGAAUAUUCAAUUGUGCAGUGUAAUAUGGGGUAAGCUACAUUUUCACUGGUUGUACCAGAUUUUAAAAUCUCUGUAGUUUGUAGUUAACAUUCUUAUUUCCUAUAUGUAACACAUCAGGUUGAAAUGAUCUGAAGGUAACUUUGCUUUUGCACUAUGACAGGUUAUAUUGUAGUUGUAACUAAUGUGUGAUGUAACCAAAAUUGCACUGGUUGUACCUGUUCACUCUGUACUUCUGUGAUUCUGAAUAUCAUAACAUUACAUGAAUGACUGCCUGUCUAAUUCAAUCUGUGAAUUUGUAGUCUUUGGGAAAUCAGGAAGGUUUUAAGGUUGUAAGGAAAAGUAUUUAAUCAUGCAGCAUUGUCACUUGUUAUAAGGAUUAAGAAACGAAUGAGAAAGAAUUGAAUGUGGCAUUACAGAAUCUUUAUAAGGAUUGGUUAAGUUGAAAAAAAUAGUGAAGUUGAGCAAAGGGAAUAAUUGGCAGAAUGAGAAUGAAACUUCCAUAAAUAGGAAAAAAGGACAAGUGUACAAGAAAGGUCAUGUUGGAAUUUGAUUGCACUCUUAUCUACCUAAGUGUUCAUGUAUGUGGAGGUUAGUGAUAACUUGUUUUGUGAUUUUGUUAUCCCAACAGCUACCUUCAAGUGGGUGGUGUUAUCCCAGCACCUUUCAAGUGUGUGGUGCCUGUAAUGGGGGAAAAAAAAAAAUAUUUAUCUUGGUA